AAAAGAAGAAGAACACGGGAUCCGAAAAUAGAGGUUAUAACGUUUACAAUCUAUUUAUUAUUCAACUCUAAUGUGACUGUAUUUCUCUACCCGUUUCCACUUUCAAUAAGAUUAAACGCUCGAAUGAUGACAGAUGAGCGGAAUUUUCGUUCGUCAUACUACGAAAAGGUUGGCUUUCGUAGCGUUGAAGAGAAAAAGUCUUUGGAGAUAUUAUUGAAAGAGCGCCCGUUUGAUAAGACAAAAUUAAAACAAUUUUGUUUAAGAUUCACUGUACCUGUUAUGUAUAGAAACUUCUUGUGGAAAGUGUUGCUCGAUGUUCUACCUGUUUAUGUAGAAAGCCAUGAAUUUAUAAUGGCUCAACGUACUGUGGAAUUUCAAGAUUUACAGAGAGCAUUAAAAAUUGCAAAAAUCAUAGAUGAUUAUACAAAACCUCAUCUGGUAUUCUUAGCAAUGUGGUUGUUACGUACGAGAAGAGCAAAAGUUGAUAUAACUGCUCAGUUGGAAUCACCAUUACACAGAGCAAUGAGUAAAAUGGCCGAGACACUAUGGCAUAUGAUUGAUAUUGAAUCGGAACAAGAGAAAUUAGUGGAUAUGUAUUGGAUAUUAUCUGGACUUUUUAUACAGGUUGAAAAGUUGCAAAAAGAAGUGGGAAGAUUACAAGAGUGUACAUACUCUUUGUUGGAAAGAGAGGAUAUAGAAUUAUAUAAGCAUCUUGUUAAGAUUGAUGCACUUUAUAAUCUUCCAUAUGAUACAUGGUUUUAUUCAUGUUUUGCUGGUGUAAUAUGCAAUGGAUCUAUUGCUAAGAUAUGGGAUAAAAUAACAGUCGGCGCGUAUCGAAUUUUAGUGUUUGUUGCUGUGGUUACAUUAACCACCUUAAGACGGCUACUCUUAAGAUGUGAAAGUAUAGAUAAUGUAUUGGAUACUAUUAAUAAUAUAACAGAAGAAACGUCAGAGAUGAUAGUCAAUAAAGCAAUUGAAUCAAUGCAACAAAGUGGAACAACUCAACAAGUCGAUAUGUAUUUCACAAAACACAGUUAAAAAAUGUUUUAUACUAUAAUAAUAUAAAAAUACAUUGUGUGAUUAAUAUAUAUAUAUAUAUUGAACUGUAUACACAACACUUACUAUUGAUGUCAGCAUAUAAGAGCGAUUUUAUAAGUAAUUCUAAGGAAAUUGAAAUUAUAGAAUUGUAGUUGCACUGUUUGCAUCUGUUCACGAUUUCUACUUCAUUCUGUAAUAUUUUACCGACAACUAGACUCUAGAAAACGCAUGUAAUUUUGCAUUUACAUUUGAUCGUAAGAACCAUAGUACUUUUAUCAUAUCGAUGGAAACUUUAAUUCUAGUAAAUCUUUUUCUUUUUUAAUCUAACACAUGUACAUAAAUGAGAAGUUGAUAUUCAAUAUGUAUUUAUAAAUACAUAUUUAUUAAAUUUUUAUAUCCACAAAAUAUCGUAUUAAUAUCGUCCAAUAAAUAUAAUAUGCAUAUAAUAAAAAUAUAAUUGUAAACUAAAUAUAUCUUUAGAUAUUUCCAAGAAAUACAUAAUUACGAAAAAGUGCAAUAUUUAUGAAAAAAAAAAAAGGAAAUUGUUGAAGGACUCUGAAUAGGAGUGCGUUUUAUACAUUAUACACAAACGUCUAUAGAAAUUAUUGUUAUUUUUAGAUUAAUUUGUGUCUGCAAUAUGUAUCGUUAAUCCCUCUUUGGCUUUAAUAAAGACUAAUCGAUUUCAUAAUAA